UACCCCCAUGAUUCUAUCACUCAAACCCUCUGCUCCUCCUCCCCCUCCACCCUCUAUUCUCCCUGAAUCUCAAGAUUUGACCCUACAGGACCCUCCUCCCCCACCUUAUCCCCUGCCCUCGCCCCCCAACCCCCAACAUCCUCUGAAUGAUUCCCCUGCUGCUGACUCAGCCUCUCUGCCAUUGGAGGAGGCUGAGCCAGCCCAGCGCCCUCCAGAUGACCUCCCUGCAAUGGCUCCAGCCCAUCCUCCCCUGGAGGAAGCUGGGCCAGCUAAAGGAACCCAUUGGCGGCAAAUGAUUGAAAACCAUGAAGCUCCCGUGAUGCUCCCUCUCCAUCCCUAUGGGCCAAUGAUUGAUGACGGCCAUGGGGGAGAAAUGCAAGUCUACCAGUAUUGGCCUUUCUCCUCCUCAGACUUAUAUAACUGAAAAAAUAACAAUCCCUCUUUUUCCGAGGACCCCACCUGGCUAAAAGGUUUAGUGGAGUCACUGAUGUUUUCACACCAGCCCACUUGGGAUGACUGCCAACAACUCCUAGGGACUCUCUUCACAACAGAGGAAUGAGAGAGGAUCCUCCUGGAAGCUAGAAAAAAUAUCCUCAGACAAGAUGGGCGACUGACACAAGUUCCCAACAUAAUUGAAGCCAGCUUCCCCUUGAACCGACCCAACUGGGACCCCAACACCUUUGAAGGUAGGGAGCAUCUGUCCACUUAUUGCCGGGCUCUAAUAGUGGGUCUCCGAGUGGCCGCUAGGCAACUGGCUAAUUUGGCCAAGGUAAGAGAGAUUAUUCAAGGGCCUGAUGAAUCUCCCUCUGUGUUUCUAGAGAGAAUUAUGGAGGCAUAUAGGAGAUAUACUCCUUUCGAUCCUCAGGCAGAGGAUCAAAAGACAUCUGUCACGAUGGCCUUUAUUGGGCAAGCUGCCCUAGAUAUUAAAAGAAAGUUACAGGACUUAGAUGGAUUACAAGAUAUGACUUUGAGAGAUUUAGUCAGAGAAGCCGAGAAGGUAUAUUGUAAGAGAGAAACUGAGGAAGAAAGGGAAUAGAGGAAGGAAAAAGAAAGGGAGAAAAGAGAGGAUGAAAGAAUCAAAAGGUAGACUAAGGCGUUGACUAAGGUCCUGGUCACAACAGCAAAUAGGCCAGAAAUUAAGAAACAGGGAGACAGGAAGGGAUACCUGGGCCCACGCCAAAGGCCGCCCCUGGUCUCAGAUCAAUGCAACUACUGUAAAGAAAAAGGACACUGGGCCAAAGAGUGCCCUAAAAAGAAGCAGCCAUGCCAGCCAGCCAUUCUGAUUCUGGAGAAUGAUUAGGAAAGUCGGGGCUCAGAUCCCCUCCCCGAGCUCAGGGUAACUUUUGAAGUGGAGGGGACCCCAGUAAACUUUGAAUUGGAUAUGGGGGCAGUAUAUUCAGCCCUUAAGACCCCUAUCAAAUAAAAGGUCUCUGGUUCAAGGGGGUAAUGGCAGUAAUAUCGGGCUUGGACAACUAAGAGGACUAUGGACCUGGGGAGGGGAAAAAUCCAUCACUCCUUCCUAGUAAUCCCAGAAUUCCUGGCCCCAUUGAUGGGCAGGGAUCUUCUCACCAAGCUCCAGGCCAGAAUAACUUCUAAUCCUGAUGGCCCCCAAGUGGAAUUUCUAAAUCCUUCAGUAAAAACUCCCAUAGUCACAGCUUUGACUAUGUCAGUAGAAGAUGAACAUCAACUCUUCACACCCCCAUGACUGAUCAAACAGGCAAGCUACCCCAGAAAUGGAUAACAGAUUAACCUUAGGGGUCCUAAGGCCCUGUCAAUCAGCCUGGAACACUCCCCUGCUACCAGUAAGAAAGCCAAGAACUGGGGACUGCCACCCCAUUCAGGAUCUAAGAGAGAUCAACCACAGAGUACAGGACAUUCACCCCACGGUACCUAAUCCGUGCAAUCUGCUCACCACUCUGAACCCUGAGCGGAAAUGGUAUACUGUUCUGGACAUAAAAGAUGCUUUCUUUUGCUUGCCUCUGCAUAAAGAUAGUCAAUUGCUGUUUGCUUUCGAGUGGGUAGACCCAGAAACAGGAACAUCUGGUCAACUAACCUGGACUAGACUCCCACAGGGGUUCAAAAACUCCCCCACUCUCUUUGAUGAAGCCCUCCACAGGGACCUCAAUAACUUCAGAACUACACACCCAGAAGUCACCCUGCUUCAAUAUGUGGAUGACCUGCUACUGGCAGCUGACACCAAGGAAAACUGUGAGUCUGGGACCCAAGCACUACUAUUCGAGCUUGCUCAGCUCAGAUAUAGAGCUUCUGCCAAAAAGGCCCAAAUUUGCCAGCAAGAAGUAAUUUUCCUGGGUUAUUCUCUUAGGAGUGGCAAACGAUGGAUCACUGAGCCCAGAAAACAAACUGUUGUGCAGAUACCGCCGCCCCCAUCUAAUAGGAGGCAACUCAGAAAGUUUCUUGGGACCACUGGCUUAUGCAGGUUAUGGAUACCUGGGUUUGCAUCCUUAGCUGCUCCUUUAUACCCACUGUUGAAGGGAGAUGCCAAAUUCCAAUGGACCCCUGAACACCAGCAAGCUUUUGAUAACAUCAAAAGGGCGCUGCUAUCUGCUCCAGCCUUAGCAUUCCCGGAUGUAGAAAAACCCUUUACUCUCUACAUUGAGAAAAAGAAAGGAAUAGCAUGAGGAGUGCUCACUCAGACUCUAGGGCCCUGGAAAAGGCCUGUAGCCUACUUGUCUAAAAAGCUGGACCCAGUGGCUAGCGGGUGGCCCCAUUGCCUAAAAGCUAUAGCAGCAGCGGCUCUUCUAAUCAAUGAUGCUGAUAAAUUAAUGCUGGGGAAGAAGCUAACCAUUAUAGCCCCCCAUGGCCUGGAGAGCAUCAUCCGCCAGCCACCAGACAGAUGGCUAUCAAACACUACAAUAACACACUAUCAGAGCUUGUUGCUCGACAAGGACAGAAUAAUGCUGGGACCCCCUGCCCCGCUUAACCUGGCUACACUACUACCUGAACAAUCAUCAGGAACCUUCACUCAUGACUGUCAACAUAUACUGGCAGAGGAAACCAGUAUACGACUGGAUUUAAAGGAUCAGCCACUGCCCCACCCUGAGGUCAUAUGGUUCACAGAUGGCAGCAGCUUCCUCCAGGACGUUAAGCAGUGGGCUGGGGUGGCAAUAAUUAGCAGAACUAAAGUCAUCUGGUCCUCUAGUCUCCCAGAGGGAACAUGGGCUCAGAAGGCAGAGCUAAUCGCCCUCAUGAAAGCAUUGGAACUAGCUACAGGCAAAAACGCCACUACAUACACAGAUAGCUGCUAUGCAUUUACUACUGCUCAUAUACACAGGGCUAUCUACCAGCAAAGGGAACUAUUAACCUCGGCAGGAAAAGAAAUAAAAAACAAAGAUGAGAUUCUCCGCCUUCUCUCAGCAGUGCAAAGCACUAGGGAACUACCUAUAGUGCAAUGUCCAGGACACCAGAAAGGAAACGAUCCCGUAGCAGUCGGGAACAGGAGGGCAGAUGAAGAAGCUAAAUUGGCAGCCCUAAAUGGAGUAACCAUGUUAACACUUUCCACACCAGGGUAACAAAAGUCAGGAGAUUUAGCCAAGUUGGAGCACCCUGGCAACUUAACAUCUAAGGACACUGACACUGAACUCCUUGAUUUCACUGAGCCUAGCCUGCAAUUUCAGAAAGUCCUAUACUAUGCUAAAAAUGUACAUCAACUCACUCACCUUGGUUCAAAGAAACUGCAGGCAUUCCUGAAGGAUCAAGAACAGAGUUUUCCACUAACCGACUCACAGCGAAAGGAAAUAGCUGAACAGGUAACAAAAGCCUGUCGGGUCUGUCAAUUGGUCGAUGCUUAACCUUCCAAGCUUCCUGCAGGAAAGUGCCUACGGGGAACCAGACCAGGACAAUUUUGGGAAGUAGACUUUACUGAAAUUAAGCCAGCAAGGUAUGGACUUAAAUAUCUCCUAGUCUUUGUAGAUACUUUUUCAGGAUGGGUUGAAGCCUUCCCCACAAAAAAAGAAAUGGCGCAAAUGGUGGUCAAGAAGAUCCUGAAAGAUAUUUUUCCAAGAUACAGCCUGCCUAAGGUAAUAGGGUCUGAUAAUGGACCGGCGUUUGUGGCCCAGGUAAGUCAGGGGUUGGCCAGGACCCUGGGGAUUAAUUGGAAAUUACAUUGUGCUUAUAGACCCCAGAGCUCAGGACAGGUAGAAAGAAUGAAUAGAACCAUUAAAGAGACCUUAACAAAAUUAAGCUUAGAGACCGGCAUAAAGGAUUGGACUAUGCUCCUGCCUUAUGCACUAUUUUGUGCAAGAAAUACUCCUUCCGUUUCUUUGUGUAACCUCACCCCCUAUGAAAUUCUCUAUGGUGUCCCUCCUCCAGUAAGGGACCUAGCUCCAACUCUGAGGCUUAAUGAUUCCUUUCACACCCCCUUGCUUGACAGACUUAAAGCUCUUGAAAGAACCCAGCAAUACCUGUGGAAGCAGUUGGCCACUGCCUACCAACCUGGAGACAAGGGGACCCCACAUCAAUAUCAAGUGGGAGACUUUGUCUACAUAAGGCGCCAUCAGGUGUCAUCCCUCGAACGCUGGAAAGGACCAUACCAGGUGCUGCUUAUAACACCAACAGCGGUGAAGGUGGACGGAAUCACUUCCUGGAUCCAUGCCUCCCAUCUCAAGCCCACACCCUCUCCAGACUCCAGCUGGAAACUGGAAAAGACUGGAAAAGAAUAUGCCUGGUCAUGGCUUUCAGGAAACACCUGGGGAAUGCGAUUUUAUGCCUCAUGAAAUGACUUCGGCCUUUGGUUCACCAUCGGGCUUAAAAAGGAAGAAAUUCCCUUAGCCAUAAGGCCCCAUCUCCUCAAGCCAAAAAUUAGGCCUCCCAACCCUCCCAUGCCUAAAUCUACCACCCCACCAAGGACCAAGGCCCCUCCACCAUCCCAUACUACCCAAGUUCCACCUUCCUUUACUUCCCCAAUCCAGAGCUAAGCCAACCCCUCCCCCUAGGGGCUAAUUAGAGCAGCCUAUAUGGCACUGAAAUCCACGCAACCAAACUUUACUCAAUCUUGCUGGAUCUGUCUCUCCACUGCUCCCCCUUACUAUGAAGGGAUAGCAAUUGACAGGACUUAUGCAGUAAAAGUGCAGAGUUCCUCCUGUAACUGGGGUAAAAAUCCUAAAUUAACCCUCCCAGAAGUAACUGGGACAGGCUUAUGUCUAGAGUCCCCACCUAAAAGUAAACAACACCUAUGUACCAGAUAAAAGAAAUCAGCAUCACACAGGGCUUCCUUAUCCCUAAAAAUGAAACCUGGUGGGCAUGUGACUCAUAACUCCCUGCAUUUCAGCCCAGAUAUUUAACAGCUCUGUUAAUUAUUGUGUAAUGAUACAGAUAUUUCCCAGAGUGCUCUAUCAUGACACAGGUUCAUUUGGAGAUCAAAUAGGGGGGCAUACAACCCAGUUUCGCCGAGAACCUGUAUCCCUCACAUUAGCCAUUUUAUUGGGAAUAGGAGUUGCCGCAGGAGUGGGAACAGGAACCACUGCCCUGGUCCAUGGUUCCCAACAGAUGGCCCAAUUAGAAGUAGCAAUAGACCAGGACUUAAAGACAUUAGAAACCUUUAUCACAGCUUUGCAGGAAUCUUUAACCUCUCUCUCUGAAGUUGUCCUACAGAACAGACGAGGGUUAGACCUCCUCUUCAUGAGAGAAGGGGGCCUUUGUGCUGCAUUGAGGGAAGAAUGUUUUUAUGCCGACCAUACUGCAGUUGUAAAAGAAUCUAUGAGUAAAUUCGAAGAGCGUCAACGAGAGAGAGAAGCUCAAAAAGGGUAGAUUGAGUCUUGGUUCACACCAUCCCCCUGGUUAACUACGCUUUUAUCAGCCCUAGCUUGUCCUUUAAUAAUCCUCGUAUUAUUGCUAACUGUAGGACCCUGUUUGCUCAACCAUGUAGUUUCCUUUCUCCAAGCUCAAAUUGAACAAGUUAAACUUAUGGUAAUCAGACAACAAUAUGCCUCACUGGCAGAAAUAGAGUGUGAUACCCCUCAAUGAUUAUGAUUUAUUACUUUUAAGAUUAAAAGUAGUCAGAAAAAGAAGUGGGGAAUGGAAGGUUAAGAAUGUAAGAAUUAAGUUCCAUUUUCCUGGAACCUGAAACUCAUGUAGAAGUUAAAAACAACUCCCAGAAAUGCCCACUAAAUGUAUGUUGAAAUCUCCCCUGACCAUCUGGUUGCUCUGAGAAAACAACCUCUCCCAGAAACCAUGCAGUCCAGAACAUAUACACUCAGGGCUCAAACCAAUCAGUUCAAAUGUAUACCCUUCUUUGUACUGACCAAUCACCCCUGCCUGACCUGUUCCCACCAGUGAAUGUGCUAAUCAUGUUUUAGAGUUGUGGUUUGAUUUUCCCUCGGUGUGCAAUGAUUUGCUAUGCUGCAUGUAAAGUCCCUGCCCUUUCUAAGAAAUGUGUAUAAGCUCUGCUUAAGCUGUUCCCGGGGCUCUCUGCUCCUCCGAAGUGAGCUCUGAGUCCCAGCAUGCUGGUUCCCUAAUAAACCCUUUAUGGUUGCAUGA